AUGGAGAGGUCUCUGGAGUCAGACAACAUGACCAGAGUCCAGGAGUUCAUCCUGCUGGGUUUAUCCACGGGGGUUGGCUUACGAGACGCCCUGUUUGCCGUCUUCCUGACCCUCUACCUGCUGACCCUCCUGGAGAACACUCUCAUCAUCUACCUCAUCUGCAUCCGUAGUGAGCUCCACAAGCCCAUGUAUUUCUUCCUGGGCAACCUCAGCUGCCUGGAGAUGUGCUAUAUGUCAGUGACCAUGCCCAGCCUGCUCCUGGGGCUGUGGACAGGGCCUUCGCAUGUGCCCUUCACAGCCUGCACAUUUCAGCUAUUUUUAUUUGUAUCCCUUAUCGGUACCAAGUGCACUCUCCUAGCUUCCAUGGCCUAUGACCGCUACGUGGCCAUCUGCCGCCCACUCCACUACCCGCUACUCAUGCAGCCCCAUGUCUGCCUGAGCUUGGCCAUGACUUCAUGGCUUGGUGGUCUUAUUUUCUCUGUGAUUAAGACAACAUGCAUCACAAGCCUCUUCUAUUGUGGCCCCAAUGUCCUCAACCACUUCUUCUGUGAUGUCUCCCCUCUGCUCAGCCUGUCUUGCACCCACAUGGCCCUGACAGAGCUGGUGGACUUCAUCUCCACCGUCAUCAUCUUCUGUGGGUCAUUACUAGUUGCCUUGGUUUCCUAUCUGGCCAUUGGUAAGACUGUGCUCCGUAUGCCCUCAGCCACUGCCCGCUGCAAAGCCCUCUCCACCUGUGCCUCCCACCUGGUGGUAAUGGGCAUCUUCUACUCAGUGGUCCUCUUCAUGUACUCCCGACCCAGCCGCAUCAAAUCCACAGACCUCAACAAAUUGCUGUCAGUCAUCUACACGGUGGUCACGCCCAUGUGCAGUCCAAUUAUCUACUGCCUGCGGAACAAGGAGGUCCACACAGCAUUAAGGAAGACUCUGCAUCUACACUGA